AUGCUGUACGUUGUCCUCUUCACUCUGCUCGGCUCUGCCUCUGUGCUGGCUGAUGGCAUGCCUCCACUCUACUCCUUCUCCCCCACCGUGGGCUCAGGAAGUGGCACCUCAUACAGUCUGUCAGGAGAGGGCAGAAUCACUGGAGUCAGGGUGUGGGAGAGGUAUAACAGCUACAUCUACGGCUUCCAGUUCCGCUAUGGCUACAUCUGGUCUGAAGUUGUUGGCUUCAACAGGGGAGAUCUCCAGGAGAUGGAGCUGUUUGACGGCGAGGCCAUUGUUCAGGUCUCUGGGAAGUUUGGCCACUACGUCCAGUCAGUGGUGUUCACCACCUCCAGAGGCCGCACGCUGCGAGCCGGUCAGCCCUCAGGGAGAUAUUUUAACUUUUAUCCAGAGCACAGCAUGGCUGAGCUGUGCAUCAUCAGCGGGAGCUACCACGGAGCCAUCACCGCCAUAGGGGCGCACUGGGCCGUCAUUCCUGAUCCGUACAGAAACAGAAACAGCAACAGCACUGCUCUGAUGUGAGAAGUCUAUACAAAAAUGUAAUAUACUGAUGACUUAUAGGUUUACCGUCCAGUUUGAUCAUGAAUAAUUUUGCUAAAAAUAUUGUUUUUCUUAAAUGAUCAUUCUUUGUUUAAAGCUCCUUUGUAUUUAUAAGUCACAAAAGAUAAC